AUGGCCACCCUCCAGGCAAGACGAAUGACCCCAAUCACAGCGGCUAUGAUUUUGUCUUGUGCGAGCAUAGCAUUGGGACAAGACGGCCAUGACCAAACACCGGAAGGAGAAGCGAGAUCAGAUGCGCCAUUACACAGCACAAUGUGGAUACAUAUACUUCUGCAAGGCUUCGCCUGCGGCAUGCUCUACCCGACUGGCAUGGUAUUAGGCUUGGUGCGAUCACGAUGGCACGUACCAGUACAAGUCGUAGCAACAACAUUAGCAAUAGUGGGAUACUCCUUGGGAUAUCUGCACAAAGGCGCCCAUUUCGGACCGAACGCACAUGCGAAGUUUGCAACCCCUCUGAUGCUCAUGAUGAUUGUCCAGUCUGGAGUUGGCAUUUACUUGAAGAUUCACAUCGGGACAGGCUUCUUGAAUGCUAUCAGGAGACAACUUGUUCGCGGACACGGCAUACUUGGAGCUAUCAUGCCAAUAGCAAUAUGGGCACAGUUCUUGCUAGGUGGAAUCGCUUCCCAAGGCUUCUGUCGAAAUGAUCAUCUCGGGCAGUGUGCAGCACAUUUCAUCAUGGGAUCCGCAUUCAUCGCUUACGGCAUCAUGCUCACUAUAAUUCUACUCAAUGGUCAGGCGUGGCUUGCAGGAACCCGGAGAAGCCAGGAGUUCUGGGAUAGUCUGAUCAUAACACUCUGGGGCUUCGUCAACACUUUCACUGAGCACAGAUGGGGUCAUCCAUGGGCUAAGAACGAUCUCGAUCACACCAGCAUAGGGAUUCUGUGGUUUGCCGCUGGCCUUGUUGGUAUGUGGCUGUCGCGAGACCGGCAAGGGCGACCGCAGCGCAACUUGAUUCCUGCCGUCGUUAUCAUUUUGACUGGCUGGGCUAUGGGCGCACACCCUCAGGACCUCAUGAUGAGCAGACUUGUGCAUUCGACAUUCGGCUACAUCCUGAUGAGUGCUGGUGGUGCUCGCAUCAUUGAGAUUGCUUUCGUGUUGAAAGCCAGAACAACCCCUAUUGACCUCGAAGGUGGUCAUACGGAGAUCAACAGCUUCCAGUACUUGCCGCCCUUUCUCCUCUGCGCUGCUGGCUUCUUGUUGAUGGGGGCGACCGAGGAGCAAAUGAAGGCCCUGUCAGACGCUGGCGUACCGCCCGUGUCCUACAUCCUUGUCCUCUCCAGCGGCUCGUUCUUCCUGUUCCUCUUUGUGCUCAUACUACUGCAUCUUUAUUCGACAAACAAGAAUUCAUCAAACACUGGAAAGCAGCCGGUGGACCUUAUUGAUGAUUUGCCACGAACCACUGGUUACGCCACAACAUCCAGUUCUGCAGAUCAUCAGGCUGCUAAAGCUGAAGAUUUUGAGCUGCAUGGCCUAAUGAGUAACGAUGAGUGA